AUGGGAACUGUUGAAAUCACCACAGUAUUGUCUGCCGUAUUUGGUGUGGUAGCGUUAAUGCUAUUAUUUUUUCUUUAUGUUAAUCGGAAAUGGUGUUUUCAUGCCCGUCGAGGACUGCACUGCUGCGAUGAGAAACACUUGGCAUCAAAAUGUGUACAGAAACUAUCACGAAAACGUCGCUACGACAAUACAAGUUCCGAUUCGGAGGAGGAUAUUUUGCGUAGAUUACGCUUACAACAGGCACGCAUAGCAUCGUCCGGCAGUGGGAGUGGCAGUUUUACCAACUAUGGCAUAAAUCAAUUAAAUCCCUUGUCACAAAAUUUCAAUUAUUUUAAUAGUGAUCUACAGCGUGUGACUGUAACGCCGCGGGAUUCAUCGAAAGACCCAUUGGCCAUUGCUGAACGUGGUAAAGUUGGUAUACCAUCGUCACACAGUGAAUGUAGUUCCAAUGAUUCGGUUGAGGCAUCAAUUGAUAGUCAUACGGGGAUAUUAAGUGGCGAAAAGAAAGAACGCCAUGCAUCAAUAAGUAAAACUUCCGAUAUAUCACAGAGUGCUUCGCUGAAAGAGUCACGCAUCGAUUUAAAUGCCGAACCAAUAAAAACAACAAAAUAUCACAAACUAACAACAACAGCAACAAGUUCAAAUGCAACAACGCCGCCACGCCAAGACAGUAUAGAAGAAGUGCCCAAUAUACCGACAUGCAACAACAAUACACAAAUAACUAACAGCAACAACACCACAACCACCAGUAAUAACAAUAAUACUAACAACAACAAUGAAGAUGAACCUUUAUUUGAUACGAGUGAUUUAAGAUCAAUUAAAUCCGAUGAUAUCUCACUACAGACCCAGUGUUAUGGUAAAUCGGGCAGUAUUGAAAUUUCGCUUUUGUAUGAUGCACCCAUGCGCAAGAUGACGGUGCAUGUAUUACAGGCUCGCGGUCUACCCACUUUGGGCAAUGGCCAACAGUGUCACACGCAAGUGCGCCUUCUUAUGCUACCGAAUAAGAAACAGAAACACAAGACCAAAAUACGAUCGGGUGAAAAUCCCCAAUAUAUGGAGAGUUUUCUACUGCAUCGUGUCACACCCGAAGAGGUGAACAAUAUGGGCUUGCGUGUACGUUUGUAUGGAUGUGAACGUUUGCGCAAGGAACGACUGAUCGGUGAAGCGUAUGUCAGCUUUGCUACCAUAGAUUUGGAAUUGGAAACAAAUCUAUGGCUACCAUUGGAGCCAAGAAAUACAUCAUCGAUUUUGGGAUCAUCCAGUGAUCUAUUAAGUUUAGCCCGUUCCGAUAGUGCCGGCUCGACCACUUCAAUGCAACAUGGAGGUGUACCCGAGCUACUUUUAGGUUUAGGUUAUAAUGGUACCACAGGACGUUUAACCGUUGAAAUUGUCAAAGGCAGUCAGUUUCGAACGUUGUCCAUAAACAAGGCGCCAGAUACGUAUGUUAAGUUAUGCCUAGUUAGUAGUAUAGGACAGGAGAUAUCCAGAGCGAAGACAUCAACGAGACGUGGCCAGCCAAAUCCUCUGUUUAAAGAGACAUUUGUAUUUCAGGUGGCCUUGUUUCAACUGAACGAUGUUACGUUAAUGGUUUCCGUUUACGCUAAGCGUAAUAUGAAGAAAAACGAAAUGGUUGGAUGGUUUAGUUUGGGCCUUAAUUCGUCGGGUCCCGAAGAGGUGGCCCAUUGGGUGGACAUGCGUGAUAUGGCCAAAGGUGAGCUGCUGGCAAGAUGGCAUGUCCUUGUCGAUUCCUGAUUCGAGCAGUUGGGACAAUCUUCCCGACGUGGCAGUGGCCUGGGUUUACUGGCCUCCUUUGCCACCACGAAAGAUAAGUCCAAAAGUAAAAAGUCCAAGGAUGACGAUGACCCAGCCACCAAACCGGAUGUUGUGGCUGUUGAUAUAGAGACUGGCCUUGAAUUGGAUUUUGUUUAGACGUGAACAUGACCUUGUCCCUUGUCUCCCAUAGCAACAU